UGGGGCAAGGGUGGGGGCCAAGCCAAGUCCUGAGCUUAUCAGGAAGCCAGGAAAAGGACAGGGCAGGGACUCCGGUGUCCCUGAGAACUAGAAGAGGCUGCUGACCUCUGAACCACCUGUCCCUAUAUUACCUGAAGCAGGUUGAAAUGGCUGAUGACAUCACUGGUUCCCGGGAGCUGAGGAGCUGGAGCCAGAACCCAAGGGAGCCAGGCUAGGCUGCUGGGGGCUGCAGACAUGGAGGGCCAGAGCAGCCAUGGUAGUGCCAGGCCAGGUACCGGGACUGGCCUGGGACCCUUGCCUGUGCCCCAUGGGGUUUUGCAAGCUGGGGCACCCUCAAAGGUGAACGCAAGUUUUCAGCUUCCAGCAAAGAACACAGGUCCAGUACCCACGGAACCAAGAUUGGCUCUGGCACCUGUGGGACCACGGGCAGCUGUGUCACCUCCCUCAGAGGGGCCAAGGCCAGCGUUAGCAUCUCCCCUGCCCAUCCCAGCUCCACUCUGCACCCCUGGAGAACAGAAAAGGCCUCCAUCCCACCGCAGCUCCAACCUGGGUUCAACAUCCGUGGGCCAGCUGGUGGUAUCUGCCUCUGCAGGACCAAAGCCUCCACCAGCCAACUCAGUCUCCAUCCUGGCUCCAAAGUCUCUAGGGCAACUAGUAAUAUCCGCCUCUGCUAUGCCAAGGCCUCCUCAGGCUACCCUGGGGCCCAUCCUAUCUCCAACUUCCAGGGACCAGAAGCAGUUGUCACCCACCUCUGUGGGACCUAAGCCAGCAUUGGCAGCCUCGGGCCUGAGCCUAGCCCUGGCUUCUCAGGAGCGGCCUCUGCAGUCCCCCUCCAGUCCUUCCCCAGAGCCCAGUCCUGCUCUGUCACCCUCUCAGGAGCAGACCCUGGCUCCAGCAUCUGUGACAUCUACCCCAGCUUCUGAAAGACAGUUGCCAGCUAGACAGAAGGGUGCUGCAAUCCCCAGGCCCACCCCCCUGGCAGAGGGGUGUCUCCACACUCCAACUCACGCAGCUGUUCUUGCCACCUCUCCACCAAGGGCCCAAACUUCCUCAGACCCCCGGCUUUCCCCCUCCUUCCGUGCUCGACCAGAGGCUCCACGUCACAGCCUAGAGGAUUCUGUCCUGCCACCACCACCACAGACCCUGCCCUUGGAUGUGAGCCCAGGCCUUCCAGAGCCUGGCACCCGCUCUCCUGGACUUCUGUCCCCUACCUUUCGGCCAGGAAGCUCCUUAAACCAGACUGUGCCCCCACCUCUACCCAAGCCACCUCGGUCUCCCAGCCGCUCCCCGAGUCGUUCUCCCAACCGCUCUGCCUGUGUGCCUCCCGCCCCGGAGACAGCACCCCCAAGACCUGGCGCCCAGGCUGUAGGGCCUGGCAGGUGCCCAAGCCCUAACCAACAGGCGCAAGAAAGCCCAGCCUCCACCACCACCUCACCAUCUUCCCCUUGGUCAGCUCAGCCUACCUGCAAGAGUGACCCCGGAUUCCGGAUCACUGUGGUUACAUGGAACGUGGGGACUGCCAUGCCCCCCGACGAUGUCACAUCUCUUCUUCACCUGGGCGGUGGCCAUGACAGUGAUGGUGCAGAUAUGAUUGCCAUAGGGUUGCAAGAAGUCAAUUCCAUGAUUAACAAGAGGCUCAAGGAUGCACUCUUCACUGACCAGUGGAGCGAGCUCUUCAUGGAUGCGCUGGGGCCCUUCAACUUCGUGCUGGUGAGCACUGUGAGGAUGCAGGGUGUCAUCCUGCUAUUGUUCGCCAAGUACUACCACUUGCCCUUCCUGCGGGAUGUGCAGACAGACUGUACAAGGACUGGUCUGGGUGGCUACUGGGGUAACAAGGGCGGAGUAAGUGUGCGCCUAGCUGCCUUUGGACACAUGCUAUGCUUCCUAAACUGCCACUUGCCGGCACACAUGGACAAGGCAGAGCAGCGCAAGGAUAACUUUCAAACUAUCCUUAGCCUCCAGCAGUUCCAGGGACCAGGUGCACACGGCAUCCUGGAUCAUGACCUUGUAUUCUGGUUUGGGGACCUGAACUUCCGAAUUGAGAGCUACGACCUACACUUUGUCAAGUUUGCCAUAGACAGUAACCAGCUCCAUCAGCUCUGGGAAAAGGACCAGCUCAACAUGGCCAAGAACACUUGGCCCAUCUUGAAAGGUUUCCAGGAAGGGCCCCUUAACUUUGCUCCCACCUUCAAGUUUGAUGUGGGUACCAACAAGUAUGAUACCAGUGCCAAGAAGCGGAAGCCAGCCUGGACAGACCGCAUUCUGUGGAGGGUCAAGGCUCCAGGUGGAGGUCCCAGCCCCUCAGGACGAGAGAGUCACAGGCUCCAGGUGACCCAACACAGCUACUGCAGCCACAUGGAGUACACUGUUAGUGACCACAAGCCCGUUGCUGCCCAAUUUGUCCUGCAGUUUGCCUUCAGGGAUGAUGUGCCUUUGGUGCGACUCGAGGUAGCCGAUGAGUGGGCACGACCAGAGCAGGCUGUGGUGCGGUACCGCAUGGAAACAGUGUUUGCUCGGAGCUCCUGGGACUGGAUCGGCUUGUACCGGGUGGGUUUCCGCCACUGCAAGGACUAUGUGGCUUAUGUCUGGGCCAAACAUGAAGAAGUAGAUGGGAAUAUGUACCAGGUGACCUUCAGUGAGGAAUCGCUGCCCAAGGGCCACGGAGACUUCAUCCUGGGGUACUAUAGCCACCACCACAGCAUCCUCAUUGGCGUCACUGAGCCCUUCCAGAUCUCGCUGCCUACCUCAGAAUCGGCCAGCAGCAGCACAGACAGCUCAGGCACCAGCUCGGAGGGCGAGGAUGACAGCACUCUGGAGCUGCUUGCACCCAAGUCCCGAAGCCCCAGCCCUGGCAAAUCCAAGAGACACCGUAGCCGCAGCCCCGGCCUCGCCCGCUUUCCCAGUCUUGCUCUCCGUCCUUCAUCCCGUGAACGCCGCGGUGGCAGCCGCAGUCCCUCACCCCAAAGCCGCCAGCUGUCUCGGGUAGCCCCUGACAGGGGUCACAGUAGUGGCAGCCGAGGUAGUAGUGAGGAGGGGCCCUCCGGGCUGCCUGGCCCUUGGGCCUUCCCACCAGCUGUGCCUCGAAGCCUGGGCCUGCUUCCAGCCUUGCGCCUGGAGACCGUAGACCCUGGUGGUGGAGGCUCCUGGGGACCUGACCGGGAGGCCCCUGACCCUAACAGCCUGUCUCCCAGCCCUCAGAGCCAACUGGGGCUAGAGGAAGGGGGCUUGGGGCCCUGAGGUGAGUAGGCAGCUGGACCUGGACAGCCUCACUCUGCCUCCAUCUUCCAUGAACCCGCCUGCCUCUCUUGCUGCUGCCCCAGUUGUUAACCACACCUGCCACUCUGUCUUGGCCAGGAGUGGCCAACUGGGGCUCCCCAAACUCAGUCCUGGCACCACCUCAACUGUGACAAUCAGCAAAGCCUCGCCUGGGACCCCAUCUUGGAUACUGGGGGAAACGCUGGCAGAUGUUGCGAUCUUGGAGGUCAUCCAUUAGGAAUUAAAUUCUCCAGCUUCA